AUGGUUAAUGUUUAUAGCAAAAUCAGUGAUGUUCGUGUUGGGAAAUUGCCAUGUUUGUUGAAGGUUCGUGUGAUGUGUUUGUGGAUCGUGAAGUCAAAUUUCAUUCCUGGCCAGGAGAAUUCAAUUGAAAUGGUGCUUAUCGAUGAGAAGGGUUCCAAGAUUCAUGCUACUGUUCGAAGGCAUUUGAUUCAUAUGUUUAAGGGUGUUCUUAUUGAAGGUGAAGCUUAUACUUUAUCUACUUUUUCUGUUGUCGAAGCUUAUGGGUUGUGCAGGCCGACCAGGCAUCCUUGUCGUUUGUUUUUUCAUUCUACCACGUUGUUGGAAAGAGUAGAAUGUCCAUUAAUAAAGAAAAAUGGACUGUCAUUGAUGGAUAUUGGGAAAAUUAAUUCUCAUACAUGUGACAGCAAUUAUUUAGUUGAUUUAAUUGGAGUUAUGAGUGGUAUUUCUUCUCUAAAUGAGUUUACCAAAAAUGGUGAACGUGUUAAGAUGAUUGUAAUCGAGUUAUCAGACCCCAGAGGUGACUGUCAUGUUGUGUUGUUUGGUGGUAUUGUUGACUACUUGAUUCAAAUGAUGAGAACUCUACAAGGAGGAUUACCUGUUGUUGUUGUCCAGUUUGCCAAAAUUAGAUUUUUUAGAGGUCGUGUUCUUCUUCAGAAUAUUCAAGAUGUUACUAAGUUGUGGUUGAAUCCUGCAGUUGAAGAUGCUGUGUUGUAUGGUCGAAGGUUGAAUAAGAUGCGCGGUGGUCCUACUACCCAUGUGCCGUUAAUAGGUCCUGGGCGUAAACCUUCUUUGGGUGAUGAGUUUCUGCAUCUGUAUCCGAAGAAAACCAUUGCUGAUUUGAAAUUUACACUUGAAGAUGGACCUUUUAUUGUGUCUGCUGUGAUCGAUGGUUUGGUCGAAGGAGAGGAUUGGUGGUUUCCUUCUUGUCGUUGUUCAAAACGUUUGAUACCAAAUGCUGGGUUUUAUUAUUGUCGAAGUUGUUCAAAACAUGUUUUCCAUGUUGUGCCUAGGUUUUGUGUCAAAGUACAUGUUACUGAUGGUAUUGAAGAUGCAAUGUUUGUUCUUUCUGAUGAUGCUAUGUGUUACCUGAUCCGCACUAAAUGUAGUGUUUUGGUUUCAUCCUACAAGGGAAUGAAUCGCGUUAAUCCACCUGAUGUCUUAAAGCAAUUGGAAGGUUUAAAGUUGUUAUUUAAAGUAGUUACUGUUUCGUCUUUGAAUCCGAUUUACAAAGGUUGCUUCAAAGUGGCUAGGGUUUGUGUUGAUGCUGGUAUUAUUAAAUCUUUUUCAAAUGGUGGAAUUUAUCAUACUCCUGAACAGUUGGUUUAUAAGUCAGGCAUUGCUGAAAUUGAUGAACCCUUUAUUUUGGGUAACCAGCACAUUGAACAUGGGGAUAUUUUUAUGAAGAGGUCUUUGAAUGCUGCAUUUGAAAAUGCUGCUUGGCAGGAAGACCAAAGUUAUCACAAACGAUCCAGAGAUUAUUAAGUUUAUUUUGUAUUAUUAGUUUGAAAUGUAUGUAUUGUGGAGACAUUAAAUCUAAUGUAAUGUUGGUUGUGUAUCCAUGUUGUGGAUUUUUAAUUUUAUAUAUAACUAUUAUGAGUUCUUUUGGAA